UAUUGCACAGGUCCCUAAGAAGUCCCAUUUGUAUCCUGUUGAACAAAUUGAAAAAACUGAGUGUGAUGGUGGUUCUUUGGCUAAGACCGACCGACAGAGAGAUUCGCAUCCCAGCUUUACCCAUCUAGCUUGCAUUAGCAAAUUCUGUUAUUCUCGCGAGCAAGCGAUCAUUUACACAAGGGAAAGCAUACUCAAAUCAGUCGUUCAUGAGUGCAGAAGAAGCUGCUGAAUUCAGUGGACCAGUGUGUGGAUGAGGCUCUGUGUGGCAUUGUGCGCAGCCACGGGGGUCUCACCUUGCUCCGGGGGCACCGCGUUGUGCAGCGCUCUGACUUGGGCAGCCUUAAAGGAAAGGUGGCCCUGCUGUCCGGUGGGGGAUCAGGCCACGAGCCCGCACAUGCAGGAUACAUCGGUGUUGGGAUGCUCUCGGGGGCCGUGGCUGGGGGAGUGUUCGCCUCGCCCCCUCCCGCCAGCAUCUUGGCUGCCAUCCUGUCCCUGUGGCAAGGGGGUGCCGCGGGGGUUCUCCUGGUGGUGAAGAACUACACAGGGGACAGGCUGAACUUUGGCCUCGCCGCUGAACAGGCCCGCUGUCAGGGCGUCCCAGUCAACAUGGUGAUCGUAGCAGAUGAUUGUGCGUUCAACCAACCCAGCAAGGCUGGCAGGAGAGGCUUAUGUGGGACCGUGUUUGUUCACAAGCUGGCUGGGGCAAUGGCAGAAGAAGGCUUGCCGUUAGAGACUAUUGUUUCCAGGGUGAACGAGGCAGCGAAAGACAUUGGUACUCUUGGUGUGAGUCUGUCUCCUUGUAGUGUUCCAGGAAGUCUGCCCUCCUUUCAGCUUCCACCCGGAGAGAUGGAGCUGGGAUUAGGAAUUCAUGGUGAACCUGGAAUCAAGAGGUCAAAGGUGGCCCCAGCAGAUGAGGUGGUGAAGACGAUGAUAGACCACAUGUCUGAUCCUAGCAGCCAGUCCCACUUGGCAAUUAAAUCAGGUGACCAUGUGGUGCUAUGUGUGAAUAAUCUGGGUGCUUUGUCUUGCCUGGAGAUGGCUGUGGUCACUAAGGCUGCCAUCAGUUGUCUUGAGGAUCGUGCCAUCGUUGUUGCCAGGGUGAUGUCGGGCUCGUUUAUGACCUCACUGGAAAUGGCAGGCAUGUCACUGUCCGUCAUGAAGGCAGAUAAGGAGAUCCUUAGGCUCUUUGAUGCUAAAACCAGCGCUCCAGCCUGGCCUAACCUCAGCUGUGAACCCGUGAGCGGGAGGAAGUGGAGCGUUGAGCCCCCACAACUGAUUGCAUCUCAUGAGAUCACACACAGGCCAGGUCCUCUGAGUGAUGUGAUGCAGAAGGCGCUUCAGGGUGUGUGUGAGGCCCUGCUGCAGCUCCAGGAGGAGCUUAACAUGUUGGACCGUGCUGCUGGGGAUGGAGACUGUGGAAAUACCCAUGCCUGUGCAGCUAAGGCCAUUCAAGAGUGGCUUCAAGGCCGCAAGCUCCCCGGUUGUCCUGGGCAGCUAAUGACCGCUCUGGCGAGCUUGGUGCAGGAAAAAAUGGGUGGAUCAUCUGGAGCGUUGUAUAGCAUCUUUCUGACGGCUGCAGCACUGCCGCUGUUGGGACAGGAUGACCCUGCAGCUUGGGCCACAGCAGUGCAUGCUGGGACGGAGGCCAUGAAGAGGUAUGGAGGUGCAGAGCCUGGUGACCGGACUAUGCUGGAUGCCCUCUGUCCUGCGGUAGAGGAGCUGCAGAGGUUGUCUUCAUCCCCUCCUACUGGUGCCAUGGCUGUAUUACAGGCAGCUGUGGAGAGAGCUAAGGCAGGUGCAGAUUCGACACGGAGCCUCUCUGCUAAGGCAGGGCGAGCCAGCUACAUCGCCAGUGAACACCUGACUCAGCCUGACCCUGGGGCCGUAGCAGUGGCUGCCAUUCUGCAAGCAGUGCUUGAGGCCCUGGGUGGAGGACUAGCUCCUGAAUAGCUACAGUAGAUGCUAGCGACUGCUUGAGAUCCAUUGAGCAUAGUCAAGUGAUCAUAGCUUUGACUAUUGUCAUUACAAAUCAAGAAAUUAGAUGAUAUUAAUGAGAUAUUAAUCUUACGUAUUAUGGGUUUCCUCAGUAGCUGGAGUUUGUGCUUUGUCUGAAUGGAUUCAUGGGAAACAUUAUGUAAACAUAAGGAAACAUCAUUCCUGAUUAUCUAAAGAAGCUCCAGAUACAGUUCGAUUCUCCAGUUGGAGUCAAGUAUAACUUUCCAUUCUUUCUUCAUUCUAUGACUUCCUUUGCUCUACUCUGUGCUCUCUACAAACGUUGCUGUAUACUUGCUGCAACUUUCGAAUGUAAAAGGUUCUACUACAGUUUGCUCUAAUGAUAUUGCCAUGGUAACUAGAUGGUCGCAGAACUAGUGUACAGUCUUUGCACUUUAAGAAUAACAUUUUAAUUUUUUGCAUCUUAUUAAUAAAAUAUUUUAUGAAUUA